UGCCCAGCCUGGAAUCUCAAGGCAUCGCUUGCCACAGACACUAAAACUUCUCUCAAUCCUUACGAAAUCGGAUCCAUAAAUCGAGAUUUUCAAUCAUAAACACUUUCAAUUCCUUCACUUAUUACAUCUAAAAGCGAAAGUCGGGAGGGAAAAUACAGGAUCUCGAGCUCUAAUGAUGGAUGAGUGUUUGGUUCUGUGUUAAAAAACAGUUCAAAGAGGAGUUUUGGGAAUUUUAAACAGCUGGGAUCUCUCCAUAAAUAAAUAAAUAAAAGGAGAAAUGAUCAAACUUUCCUUAAUGGCUUCUCACGGGUGCCCUCCUGGCCCUGGACUUGAACAAGGCGUCAGCAGGGUGAUCAAGGAAUGGCCAUCUUCCUUUCCAAGUAAAAUAAUGAAACCAGAGAUGGUGCGAACAAGUCCCUUCGAUCUGAAGUGCAAUGGAAUCCAAGGGCAGCCAAAAACGGUUCCCCUUCUUUGUGAGCCUAAACUGAUCGUCCAUGUUGAUCCAAAAGCACAAACACCUGUGGUUAUUGAUAAACCAGUUGCUUAUCUAGAGACAUCACUCUUUAGCUCUGGGAUAGCCGAGAAGUGCGCGUUACAUGAAAAGUUCUUGAAAUUUCUUAUGUCUGGAUUAAAGGAUGUGGACAGAGGGGAACUUGAUUUAUCUUUGCUAUCUGAUUUGAUUCAACCAUUGAUGUUUGGUGUGCAUCAGCAGCCUUAUGCUUCUCUAAUUUAUCCAAACAGCAAUUUUGAUGCCCAGAAGCCUCUUCCAGGCUUUGUAGGAGAGAUGGACUGUGAUUCAAAACUUGCAGUUAAUUCAGAUGGUCAACUUGUAUUUGGGAAUAGUGGGACCGAGAUAAAAGACAUCCUUUCAGUUGUUGCUGAAUUUCACUUAUCAAGCAACUCAACUAAAUGGAGAAUGCAGUCAGGAUUGGUCCCAUACUUCUACUGGAAACGGAGCAAAAAAGCACAUGCUAGUACCUGCCUCUCACCGCAGUUUGAACUUUCCAGUGUUGCACCUCCAAAAAGUCCUGAGGAACUCAAACUCAAGCCAUCGCGAAAAAAGAAGACGUCCAAGAAGUUAACCAGGGAGAGAAAUCUCUACACAGCAAAUUAUUUCCAUGCAUGUGAGACCCUUCUUUCUUUGAUGGUAAAUAAGCGACGGGAUAGAAAAACAGCAAUUCUUUCCCUGAAGAAAUCUGGCCCUGAACUUCCUCGCCUCUUGGCCCAAUUCUCCGUCGGCAUUGCCGGGACUGGUCUUGCUGUUCUUUUUUCUCUUCUUUGUGAGGUAGCUUACACCAGAGCUCCAUUCUGUACAUCUAAACUCUUUAGCACCAGCCUCGGGUUCGGGCUAGUUUGGCUCUCAUGGGCAAUUAACAGACUAAGGGACACAAUUGUACAAAUGAGCAAGAAUGCUAGCAAGUCGAGUCUGAAGGAAAAAGAGUUGCUUAAGAGAGUCGAGAAGAGUGUUAACGACAUCUACUUCAGGGCUGGAACGUUGAUGGCUAUAGCAAUGCUAAGGUUUGCUUGAAUUCUGAAGACAACUCAUAUUUCAACAACAAAACCUUGACAUCUAUGCUAAUCCGUUAUGGACUUGUGAUGAUCUUGAGCUCAUAUGAGGAGGACCUCAUCGACCUUGCAUAUAUUUAAACUACGAUUCGUCAUUGCCGGAGCGUAUGCUCCUCGGAAUUAGGUAUCUCAUAGAAAUGGAAGUGUUCAGAACAAAUAUAGGUGGUUGGGGAGGGGGGACUUGAAAGUGACUACUAGAACUGGUACUAGUCGUAAAUAUAUUCUUCAUGCAAAGAAAGAUGACCGGUUAUGGUGAGCUUACCUGGAACUGCAGCCUUUUCAAAUGACUGUUAUUUUAAAUAUAUUGAAAGCUUCAGUUGUGAUU